AUCUCCCAGUUCUAUAAAUUGAAUCGCAAAACCUUAUGCAACGAUCACAGUCUGUUCUAGUUAUACAUACAAGUCUUUCUUGGUUCGAAGAGAAGAGAAAAUGGUGAAGAAGAGUUACCCGGAAGUGAAGGAAGAGUACAAGAAAGCUGUUCAGAGGUGCAAGAGAAAGCUCCGUGGUCUUAUCGCCGAGAAGCACUGUGCUCCCAUCGUUCUCCGUCUUGCAUGGCACUCGGCUGGGACAUAUGACUUGAAGACGAAGACGGGAGGACCGUUUGGGACGAUAAGGCUUCCACAAGAGCUAGCUGAUGAUGCUAACAAAGGUCUUGAUAUUGCUGUCAGGCUUCUUGAGCCUAUCAAAGACAUGUUCCCCAUCUUGUCCUACGCUGAUUUUUACCAGCUAGCUGGAGUUGUUGCUGUUGAGAUCACUGGAGGACCCGAGAUUCCUUUUCAUCCUGGUAGAUUGGACAAAGUUGAGCCACCUCCUGAAGGUCGUCUACCUCAAGCCACCAAAGGGGUGGAUCAUCUGAGAGAGGUAUUUGGUCGGAUGGGACUCAAUGACAAAGAUAUCGUUGCAUUGUCUGGUGGACACACCUUGGGUCGGUGCCACAAGGAACGCUCCGGAUUCGAAGGACCAUGGACACAAAACCCUCUCAUUUUUGACAACUCUUAUUUCAAAGAGUUACUAAGCGGAGAGAAAGAAGGACUUCUUCAACUUCCAACCGACAAGGCUCUCCUUGAGGAUCCCAUCUUUCGUCCUCUCGUUGAGAGAUAUGCAGCAGACGAAGAUGCCUUCUUCGAAGACUAUACUAAAGCUCAUCUCAAGUUGUCGGAACUCGGGUUUGCUGACAAGGAGUAAUCUGGAAGCUGGUGGUGACCAGGUCCUAUCUCGUAAAUCUUGUUCCAUUGUUAUUGUAAUCACAUAAAAAAGUAAAACAUAAAUAAAAAAGGACUAUGUAUUGCUGCACUGGUAUGCAUUGGGCUAUGAAAUAAUACACAAUUCAGUUGAUG